AUGUCACGGGCUGAGGAGCGGGAAGAGACGGACUGUGUGUGUUCAGUCGGGAUGAAGUUAACGUGGGACAUCAACGACCCGAAACUGCCGCAGGACACGAAGCAGUUCGACCUGUUCCAGGAGUGGACAGACGGAUAUGUUCGUUACAUCUACAGCGCUGAAGACAAAAAUGCUCAGCGGCAUCUGUCCGGCUGGGCGAUGAGAAACACCAACAACCACAACUGUCAGAUCCUGAAGAAGUCAUGCCUGGGAGUGGUGGUCUGCUCUCGAGGCUGCACGUUGCCCGACGGAUCCAGACUGCAGCUCCGCCCAGCCAUUUGCGACAAGGCCCGGCAGAAACAGCAAAAGAAGCUGUGUCCAAGCUGUAACGCUGCUCUGGAGCUGCUGCCGUGUCGCGGUCACAGUGGUUACCCCGUCACUAACUUCUGGAGAGUCGACGGAAAGGCCAUCUUCUUCCAGGCUAAAGGGGUCCACGAUCAUCCCAGACCAGAGUCCAAGUCCGAGACUGAAGCCAGAAGAAGUUCAGUGAAGAGACGAGUCAGUUCACCUCCGUUCACACCCAAAAGACGACUGAUUGAAACACAGGCUCUGGGCCCCGCCCUUCUCUCCUGCGUUGAACCGGCAGACAGAAUCUCCUUCAUCGAACCAAACUUCCCGCAGCAUUACCCAGCAUUCCAGAGUCCAGAGCCCUACUACAACCCCCACAAUCCACUGGGAGAGGCCCCACCCACACUGCAGAAACCAGCCAAUCCCAGGCUUUACAUGGGCCGGCCCGGCUACGAGUUCCAAGGAUACCUGACCUCACCUUCGUAUCCUGUGACCUCUGACCUCUGUGACCCCAGGGUGGCCCCGGUCUUGGGCUCCUCCUCCUCGUCUUCAUCGUCGGCUCCUCUCUCCUCCUCCUCCUCCUCCUUUGACCCCCAGACGAAACCUCCUCCAGGCUGGAAGGAGUUGCUGAAGAGCUCUGCCCCCUAUGGCGACAACCACCAUUACUACAGUGCCGAGUACCCCUGCCGUUACCCUGGCAAUACCCCAGGGUCCCCCGCAGCGCUGCAGACCAUCAUCACCACAACAACCAAAGUAUCCUAUCAGCCCUGUCCGAAGCCUCCUGCAGCACUUCCUCCCUACCAGUCGUGUCCCAAACCUCCGGCCGGCCUCCCGUCCUACCAGCCGUGUAAUCCCCCAAAACCUCCGGGCCUCCCCGGCUGCUCCUCCCUGCUGGAUGACACCUCCCCCUCCUCGUACUCCACUGAGGUGAAGGUGACGGAGGAGUCGGGUGGAGUCAUCAAGUCUCUGUCGUUUCAGCCCGAACCUCUGCAGACCAAAACAGAGCGGGCCGAUGGUUACGACUACCGCUACACCUACCCCAACACGUACCGCUAUGAUGAGUACUGA